UUUUUGCUUUUGCAUUUUUGCAAUGUCGACGCUGGGAACGAGUUAUUACGUGGAGGCGCCUCUUCUUCCCGAGCAGGAGGAUCUGGCACCGAGGUUCUCGUCAGCUGCAGGGGUGGAGCAGGCGAUGCUCACCGAAUAUGGCGGACAGGAAUCCUGCCCUUUGCAGGCGAAAUCUUCUAUUUUUGGUGGAUCUUGGAGUCCCAUCCCGGCCCACCCUCCGAACACAGCCGCCCCCACCUACAUACACCACCACUACAGCGGCGCGGACAGCGAUGGCAUGUUUACGCGCUCCUGGGCGUUGGAUCCGGUCUCUGCGUCCCUGUGUUUGACGGGGUUACCGUCGACAGCCAUGCAUUAUGAGAUCAAACCAGAGCCUCUGAUUGGGAGUGCUGAAUGUACAACUUUGGAGACGCACACACCUCUUUUGUCUGACAUUGAAACCGGAGCGUCCCUGGCGGAGAUUCCCUGCGAAACCACAUCCACGACGUCCAAAACCACCGAGGAGAGCCCGGCAGCAGAGGACCAGAGGGGGCUGGAUGCAAAUAAUCCUUCGUCCAACUGGCUUCACGCGAAGCCGACCAGGAAAAAGCGGUGUCCGUACACAAAGCACCAGAUUCUCGAACUGGAAAAGGAGUUUCUGUUUAACAUGUACCUGCCCCGGGACCGGAGAUACGAAGUAGCCAGAGUCCUGAGUUUGACCGAGAGACAGGUGAAAAUCUGGUUUCAGAACCGCAGGAUGAAGAUGAAGAAAGAAAACAAAGACCGGCGGAGAGACAGUUAA